AGCAUAACCUCGCUUCGAGAGAACCGCAAGAACGGUUUUGAAAUACUUAACGGUUUUUGAUAUUUCGAUAUGCGACUGAUAAUAUUUUGAUAAUUCAUCCGAAGAAUGAAGGAUCUAGAGGAAGUCAACUGCGAGAUACGCAGGACUGUAAAUCUUCAAUUUCCUGUAUCAAACUGGUUAAGGAAUUUAGAGUAUGGCCAGUCUAUGAACUUCCAAGAACAGAAUAACAUUGAUUAUCGUGGAGGGUUUCUACAUAAUGCAACAUGUGCAUGGCUGAGUUACGGUUGUCAUUUGGUAGUCUUCAAUGUAAAAACGGGAGAAACCAUUAGCAGAUGGACGUUUCGUGGAAUUAUAACAUCCAUUUCUCAAUUUCCUGCACAAUCUGAAGAAAUUCCAUUACUAUUGGUUGGAAUAGACAAUUGUGCAAGCAAACUGAAAGAUUCUUCUGGUUUAUUAUGUAUAUUUGCUUGUAGUACAUCCCGUGUCUUGAGAGCUAUCCGUAUGCCAUAUGGAGUAGAACAAGUAUGUGUUGUAGCAGGUGGUGCAAAAUGGGAGGAAUUUAAUGAUAAGAGACAGGAUAACGUACUCAAUGAAAUGGAUGGAAUAGCCUGUGUAGUUUUGCGUAAUCUUCAGCAUAUUAUGAUUGAUCUCCGAAGAUCUACAUGGGAUACACAUAAUUUUUUUGUUAUGGAUGAAACAUCGCCUGCAGAGAUAGAUUUUCUAUCAGCGAAUCAAGUUAUUGGCAGGCAUCAUUCUAAUCGAGAAAGACAUGCAGCAUAUAAUUUGCUCAAUAGUCGUAUAGAAAAGUACAUUGGCUUUAACAGAGAGGAUUUCGAAUUAUCUUCCUUACUCGGCGACAAUUUGACCACUGCGAUUAUUAGUUCUACAAAGAUUGGCUGUUUAAUUUCUGGCUGUUUAGGCAGAGUAAUAAUUUGGCAGAACGAUGGUACCAUACAAUGGAUCAGUACACCCGUCGAUGAAAAUAUGACGGUCACGCAUCUGGCCUUGUUAGAACCCACAGAUGAUCCUAGACCAUUUUAUUAUUUGUGGGUAGUUUUUCAGGACGAAUUGUCGAAAGCACCACCGAUAUUGCGGAUGUACGCUAUGCUAUUUGAGAGAAAAUAUUGUAACAGAGAGAUAAACUUGUACUUUAACUUGGAAGAUGAGCCCAGCCUCAAGUUUGAGUCAGAGUUGAAUGAAGGGGACAGGAUCAUCAGUUUGUGUACCAUUGAAAGAGAAUCCAAUCCAGAACAAACCGAAUCGACUGGUAGACGAGGCGAGGAUAAUUUGCUGCUUAUUGCUACCAAUGUAAGAGUACUACUUUUCGAUUUGAAUCAAUGGUACAAGGAGCAAAUGCCGCAUACUGUCAGCGAAUGUCAGAAUCCAAACAGCAUACUGGCAACAUACCGUACACGAUCAAAUGCACACAACGAGGAAGACAAUCAGGUCAUAAGUUUGGCAUAUGUUCCAUAUAGUUUGCAAGAAUUUCUCAGUAACGGUCCAAGUCCGCCAGAGGAAUUGUUCUACCCCAACUCAUUAUCACUCGAAUGGGUAGAGUUAAACCCAACGAAAUUGACAUUCUGGAUGACACGUGGUAUCCAGGCCGAUUUGCUACGUGAAAUAGUUACAGCAGGUCCAGUUAUAUUGAUACGGCCAUUUGAAACGUUCCAUAGAUGUCUCUCUAUUGGAUUGGUACCUUUUAACUCAGAAUGCUCGUUUGCUAGCGAUCAGAAUGUACAGCGAGAGAUGCUGCUGUCACUUUGCCUGGAACAGCUCUGGUCCACUUUUCUGGUAAAAUGCGCCACAGAAUGGUCGGACGGUAGUGCUUCUUACUUAUAUCCCACUUUUCUUAAAUGGGGCGUUCAGAGAGCUUCUAUGAUAAAAAUGAUGGCGGAUCGGCUCUGUAUUCCUUUGUUCGAUCAGUCAGGCAGCAGCAUCGGUGAAACUGAUGUGAGAACUUUGCGUUUUUGCUCGCAACAAUUGCAAUGUCUGUCCAAUGUAGUAGAUAAAUUGCCUUCCACGACAAUGGAUUUAACAAAGCAACGAAGAACAUUGAGACGCGUGUCUACAUAUUUUCAAGUACUUCUUUGGUUCUAUGAUGUAGGACUGUUGCCUGAAACACAAGAUUUGAAGGAGAAAGAAGAAGACGAGAAUGAGAAUGAGGACGAGAACGAGAAUGACGAUGAGGAUGAGAAGAACAUGCUGUCCAUCUCCUUAGCGCUAAGAGUGCCUUAUCCGUAUGAGAAGCUUUCGAUGCUUUACAAAGAAAAACGAGCACAAUUUUCAAAGGAUAACGAUGGCAAUGGCGAAAACGAGGAAGACUUGUUUAUCGAUGAACUGAUAACGCGUGAGUGUCCCAUGUUGAAAGCACAAUGGGAAAGAGAAGGUAGCACCAUCACGAAUGGCUGCUAUCCACCGCCAUCGCUGCAAUCUUUGCUACGUUCUUUUUUAACCGAUUGUCAUCACACGGAAACAAAUGAAAUUAGUUGCAGGCAUCAGAUCACAAUUUAUCUUCUGAUGGAUCUCGCAAUGUUAUUGCAUCCCGCGCUGUAUCCUGCGGUGAAGCAGCUGAUUAAAUAUCCGUCUGCAUUCAUGAUGAGCCCUAGUCUUAUCAAGCUCACUCAAGCGUUCUGGCUGCUCGAUCACGAAAACUAUCAGAAUUUUCUUGAUACAAUAAUCGGCCAGUUGAUUUGCGAUUCCGAUAUCAAGGACUGGCACCAUAAACUCAUAUUGCGCACCUUGGUACGUAAUAAUCAACACAAACUGGCGCUCGUAUACCUUCGUGUGAGGAAACCUCCCUUGUCCUCCAUGGAAGAACAAGGUAUGGCUAUGAGUCUCUCAGUCGAGUAUGGUCUGGUGCAAUCUGCUUUUCAUCGUCGGCCGCCAUGUCAUUACGAGCAACUACUAACGAACUUCUUCCGAGCGUGCAAGAAAUACGAUAGACUCGACGAGGUUUUGCAUUUGGUAUUGGAUUCUGAGGAAGAGGAAGUAUUUAUCAAGUUUCUCGAAGAGAAUAAGAUGGAAGAUUUGCGAUUAUUAUAUUAUCUGCAACGAUGUCGUUAUACGGAAGCGAUCGGUAGCCAUCCGAUUCGACAGUAUCAGUCGAACUUUGUCAAAGAUGUACAAUCCAUGUCGCUCAAUAGUCAAAUGCUCAGUGCAUAUGAGAUGACUCUACCUGACGUCACGAAACGAUUUUCUACGAAUGCGGCCGCAAUAAAUUCGGAUACGGAUUUGAAGGAGCGUUAUCCCAGACCAAUGUCGCAUUGUAAAAGCCACGACAAGCUGCGAACCAUAUACGAAACGGUGAUUACAAAGGCCAGAGAAACCUAUCAACGAGGAGAGAAGGGUCAGAUCCCAUUUGUGAGCGCACCCUGUACGUCACUCAGACUUAAUAAUUACGGCGCAAACGUCAAUUGCGUUUUAUUCCCGUCGCUGAUGCGCAAGAGUCGCGGUAAACGCAUGAUUGAUCAAAUUUAUGAAGAAGAUGAAGAUAAUGCAGACGAUACGUUGGACAAUAUAAAACGCCGAAAACUAUCAGACGGGAACAUUUCGUCAAGUAAACGAGCUUCAGAAGAAUCGGGAUUGAUGGCAACUUUUGAAACGCCUCUGGUAAAGCGCAAACUUGAUACAUCUAUGAACAAGGAUCGUAUCUUGGAGACACCGCAAUCAAUUUUGAAAAUUAGACAACUCGUAAAAAGUUCUACGUCCUCUGAUAUCACGACGUCCCAAACGAAGGGAGACAGAUUAUUGGAGAAAGAGAGGAGAGUCAAUAGACAGAUACGAUUUAACAUCAAUCAAUCCAAAAAAGCUUUAGUGAACGAGGAAGAGGAAAGAGAUGUAGAGAAAAAGGAGGAAGAAGAGGAGGAAAAGAGAGAGGAGGAAGAUGACAAUGAGACUGAUGCUCCAAACGCGAGCAAUGAUGGGUUCAUCAGUUCAAAUGUGAACAGCAAAUCAUAUUACGAAGACACAGUUUUGAGUGACAGUAGCAACACCUUCAGUAAAAUUUAUGCCCGUCCACGACCCAGCCUCAGAACAAGUGUCUUACAAUCGUCUGUAGAAAUGUCACAGGAAGGUGCGAAGAAAGCGAUUGAUUCAUCUACAAAUUUGUUCGCCAUAACUUCCUCGACUUCCAAAGAGACGAAUAAAUCAUCCAACUUUACCCCAAAUAUAUCGAGAAAUCGUGACUCGUUAUUAUCGGCCUCCAUUUACUCGCCCGCUGUUCUAUCUUCUGAUAGUAGCGUCGAUAUUAACUACUCGAAGAAAGCAGAACGUACCAGUCCAUUACAAUGGAGAUUGUCUACGAAGAGAGACAGUAACGAUAAAUUUAUUAUUUCGUCUACUCCAUUAACAAAGAUUGCAGUUUCUAAAUCUAUUAAUAAAUCUAUUAAUAGGCAAGCGAUAAAAGUAGACGAUGUGAGUAAUGUGUAUAAGACAGAGGAGGAUCUCGAUGUGCUAAGCACAUUGUCUGAGUCUAAGGGUUCUGUACAUAUUGAACCGUCUGCUUCUAGUGAAAGCGAUCUCGCGGAACAAGGAAAUUUAAAGAAAAAUGUAGAGAGCGAGAGACAAGACAAAUAUAAUAACGGAAGAAUCGCGAGGAAUGAGAGUCCAAGUUUGCAAAAUUACGGGACGCCUAUAGCCUCUGAAAAUGUUGGAUCGAGUUCGACCGUUUCGGAAGAAUUUGAUGAAGAGUUAUUCCAAUUGCGAGACGAGGAAGACAACAAUGAGCAAGAGGAGGUAUUCGAGAGUCUAUCUACGAUUCUCGAAGACACGCAAAUGUGUUUGGAUAGCCAAAUUUUUUCGGCCUCCCGUUUAUCUCGCGAGAUGUGGGAUCCGGAAUGUCAAACGGAUGGGUAUAACGUGACGAAACCUAACGGCUUGCAAGAAUCGGUACAGAUGAAUGAUAUUGUUUUAACCGAUGACGAAUCUGCGAGUAGCAGAACUGUGACACCGUUAAUAUCUGAUGAAACUGAUAACAACAAAAGAAAGAGACAUUCAGUUGAUUCGGAGCAUAUAUUAUACGACAUGCCAAAUAUUACAGAUGACGAAUCUGAUUCCAGCACUAGAGAAACCGAAGAAACAAAAGCGAAAAACGGUAGAUAUUCCAAUUUACAAGGAUAUUAUGUGACGCGGAAUAUUAAAGUGGAGAAGAAUUGUGAAUCCAAUGAGACGAGAUGGAAAUCAGAAAUUGGGAGAGAUAGCAUUUCGAAAAAAGAUCUUGAGAAUGCUCUGCAACCGCAAUCCGAUGUCGAUAUCGAAAAUGAGUGGAAAAAAAUUUUUUCAAGUUACGUAAGGCUAACUAAAAUAGAAAGCAAUAGUAUCGAGACUUCUAAAGGAGCAACUGAGGAGAUAGCCGAGAGGAAAUUGUCAGAGGUUCAAAAUAACUCGGAAAAUAAGACGAAUGAAGUUGAGGCUACGGAUGUUUCAUUUGUACGUACUAGAUUGCGUAGAGCAAGUUCGAUGAUGAAGGAGACGACGAGUUCUCCAUCAGAAAGAUUACGUGAUAGAAGAGCGAAAUCUCUCGCGAAAGACAUUAUUUCGCUAAUGAGUUCGGUAGAUAAGAGUUUGGAGUCGAAAUCUGCGGUAGAAAGUUGUAACGCACAGUCGUUAGCAAGAAGGAGAAGAGAUCGUUCGUCCGUGACGAAAGAAAUAUCGCAAGUCGAGAUGAAAGAUAGCGACUCCGAGAGUGUCAAGGAAGAGUUACUACCACAAGUAAGGAGAAGCACAAGACUCGCUUCUUCCGUGAGAAAAGAAUUACAAGCAGAUGCCCCGAUCGAGAGGAGUUUCGCGAGGUCAAAAAGUGUGUCAUCACUCACGAAGUUGACGAGUGACGAUGAGGAAGGCGGGAACAUAAACAAGAAGUCUCAGCGACGCGUGAGGAAAUUUUCGAUGUCGUCCGAUGCAGACGCUACAAUAUCAAGCAGAUCGUUGAGAUCGUCCAAGGAGCGAUCGAAGGAACGAGAUGUUACAAUGACCCGAAGACGCGGUAGUUCAGUGCCUAAAGAGAUGACGGCGCAGCCUAUACUAUCACGACGACGUAGGUCCAGUAGUAUUAUAAAAGAAGUUAUCCCGGAAGCCGUCGAACCUCAAGAGGAGGAAAAAAGACUCGAGAAAAAGACUUUCGUCGUGAAAAAUACGGAGGAAGUUGUCGGUAGACUAACGAACGCCCGCAAUCGAAGUGCAUCGAUGCUGUCUAUACCGGAGGAAUUAGAAGAGAUUUUGAGUCCGCCAUUGAGAGAAACGAGAUCCACCAGGAGAAAGGCUGCGCAAAGUGACAUGAGAGAUAGAAGAGCGUCCAGCGCCGAUGUAAUGUAUACAGAGAUGAAAAGAAGAGUCAGGAAUGUCAACGCCAGAAAUAUCACGGUGGAACCAGCUAUAGCAGAAGAAUCCAUGGAAAAUGAGGUGAGAGUAAAACUCAAAAGAGAUAAAACCGUGGAUAGCCAGGAAAUCGCGCAGAAUGCUCCAACGUCCAAGUCAGCUACGGCAAUCGACAAGACGAAAAAGGAGCCGGUGAAGCGGAAACGAGAUAGAUCGCACAAAACUAAUGUGAAUCAAGAGACUAGCAAUCUGUUUUCCUUCUCGCUGCCGGAGGAAACGAACGAUGUGCCAUCGGAGAAAGACAUCGCAGACAUCGGGGAAGUCCCGAAUUAUGUGUUCUCACCACCCCAAACCAGAUCUGAAAAUAUUUCUCAGAACCAAUAUCGUAGAAAAGUAAGUUCAUUUAUACCGAGCUAUUAUCAGAGAGGAAAGCAACAAUCUACUACAUCGAAACCUCAUGGCAUCGUCAAAUCCGGCCGUUAUGCUCGUUUAAUCGUGAAUACUUUUGGAUCACAAUUUCGAACAAGAUUCGUUGUAUCUAAAAAAUCCAAAAGUACAACAAAUUAGAACUGGAAACUUCCCAGGAGUUGUAACGAAGCUAACGCACAUAUUAUGGAUUUGUAAAUUUUUGGAUACGCUCCCUCACAUUCAUUUUCACUGUAUCGCAUAUUUUUCUUUUCAUCGCAUCAUUUUUUCAUCAUGUCUGCUUACGUCUAUCGAAACAGUACGAGAUUAUUCGUUGCAAGCAUUAAAAUUUUUAUAACAUUCGUAAGCACAUAUUAUGCGUAAGUAUUUCAGAUUCUUCUCAACAUGAUGCGCGAAAGAAAUGAUAUAAAAUAUUAUAUGCGCGUGACAAUUGUCAAUCAGCCUUUCAGUGUCUAUAUUCUGUCAAAGAUAUAAUACCAAGUAAUUUUACUGGUAUAAUGAACAACUCUAUAAAUGAUAAUAAAUGAAGACCGAAUUUGAAUUAUCAUAUCGUAUUUAAAAAUUGUGAAAAAAUGAUUGCAUUAUAUUGAUUACUAAUAUUGACAUUCUAUCGGACAGAUAGAUUUAAUUAUUUGCAAAGAUAGGGAAGCAAAAGCAGAGAACUGAACGAUGUUGUUUUCCUUUCUUCUCUUUUUCUAAUCCAUAUAUAUAUAUAUAUUUUAAGUUGUCAAUUAUUUUGGUGCUGGAAAUAUAUGCUAAUAUGAUAUUGUGAUUAUCAAAUAUGGCAUCUCUUUUUUUCUUCUUUUUAACAGAUAGAAUUUCUCUUGAAUAAUCUAUAGAAUUUCGAAGAUUGUUUUUAUCAAAGAUUUUUGUAAACCUGCAUAUAAUAGAUAUGUUAUACAAGGGAAAAAAAAAGUAAAUGAAGGAAAUGUGAGAAGAAGUAAAUGUGCCCGAUACACUCGAGUUGGAAGCACUUUCACAUCCAAAAAAAUUACAUUAUACAUAUGUCACAGUUGUAUGAUAAAAUACUACGUUCUAUUCAA